CGCAGUGGGCCACCGCUGCCAGUGCCGUGGAGGAUGGAUGGCGUGUGCCUUCGGUGGGUAGCGCUGUUCUGCACCGCCGCCGGCCUGGUCCAGUACGCCGCCGGCGCCCAGGCCUGUCCCAGGGACAGCAGCCUGCGGCGCACGCAGGGCGGCUCCCUGUUCCUGGAGCUGUGGCCGCGCGACGAGCACGACAUCUUCUCGGCGACCUGCUGCGGCGACCUGUUCCACUGCACCGAGCGCCGGGCCACGUGUCUGCGCUGCGGCGAGGCCGACUGCGACCCGCUAACCGAGCGGCUGCCCGGCUGUCCGGACACCAGCUGCCAGCCGUUCGGCUUCGUCUGCGACCAGCGGCAUGACUGCUUUGACGGCGCGGACGAGAGCCACUGCGGUGACAUCGUGCGCUCCUACCAGCCGAUCGCCGGCACGGACAUCACCGCCUGGGAGCUGGUGAUCCACGGCGUCAGUCUGGAGACGUGCGCCGCCUACUGCUUCUUCCACCCGCACCAGUGUCAGGUGUUCAGCUACUCCAACACCAGCGGCGACGCCGACCCCUUCGCCGGCGUCACGGACCACCAGAAGUCUCUGGGCCGGCCGCUGUACAGCAGCCGCUGCCGCAUCGGCUGCCAGGCGUGCGGACUGGCGACGGUGCGGCGCGCCGACUUCGUGCUGUACCGCAGCACGGCGGCCACCGUGGAGCUGCGGACGCAGCUGCAGCUGACGCGGCCCGCCGGCGACCCGGCGCGCCUGCUGCUGCCGCGCCACCCCACCUGCGGCCGCCGACAGGCGCAGCGCACCGAGGUCGCCCUGGUCGACCGGCUCUUCGGCGGCGAGUCGGCGCUGCGCGGCGAGUUCCCCUGGCAGGCGCAGAUCCGCACCUUCGACAGGAAGCUGGGCUCCUGGGUGCAUUACUGCGGAGGGGUCAUCGUCAGUGAGCGGUUCGUGCUCACGGCUGCUCACUGCAUGACCAAGGCCAACUCCGAGUAUGAGGUGGUGGUCGGAGAGUACGACUUGCGCGUAAAGGAGAACACCGAGCGGGUGUUCGGCGUCCGGGAGAAGCUGAACGUGCCGGACUACCUGUCGAACGGCACCAAGGUCGGCGACUUGGCCGUGGUGCUGCUGGACCUCUCCAACCGGCCUGCCAUCUCCUUCUCCGCCGAGGUGCGUCCGGCGUGCCUGAUUCGGCCCGAGGACCGGCCGCCGGCGUCCGGCACCCCCUGUGUCAUCUCCGGCUGGGGCAUCACGGUGCCAGGCACGCGGACCACGCCGUCCCGGCUGCGCGGCGCCCAGGUGCCCAUCGUCUCGGACGACUACUGCAGCGCGCUGGAGGUGUACGGGCCGCAGUUCGUGCCCGAGAAGAUGGUGUGCGCCGGGUUCGUGGCCGGCGGCGUGGACUCGUGCAGCGGCGACUCGGGCGGCGGCCUGGUGUGCCCGGCAGCAGACGGCUCGUGGCAGGUGGUGGGCAUCGUGGCCACCGGCAGUGACGUCUGCGGCGCCGUCGGGAAACCCGGCAUCUACACCGAGCUGCAGCCCUAUUAUACGAAGAUAUUAGAGAUGAUGAAGGCGCUGAGCUGAGCCGAGAAAAUGAAUGAAAUUAAAUUCACUUCAUCAUCAGCGCCGAGCGGUUCGUGUAAUCUGAUCAUACCAUAUUUAACGCCUCCACUUGGUGGAAAAUAAUAAACGAAAAGAUUAAGAAUAAAGA